AUGCAGAAUGAGGCCAACCAGUUGGUGGACCCACACACGGCACGGAAAUGCUCCCUCAGCAACAGCAUCAUGGGCGCCGAGGACCACGCGUCCAUCCAGAGGAACAUGGCAGAGUGCGACAAGGUAACGGGCAGGUUCAACAGCCAGUUUAAAACCUAUGCUAUCUGUGGGGCCAUUUGCAGGAUGGGUGAGUCAGGUGACUCCAUCCUCCGACUGGCCAAGGCCAAUGACAUCAUUUCAAAGAACUUCUGACUGGAGAGGAUAAUGGAUGUGGAAUAUUUGCCGUUAAAAAAAAAAAAAAAAAACAGGAAAA